AUGGUUUUAUUUCUUUAUGAAAAUAUUAUACAAUAUCUCUCUCAAAAUCUAGCAUUCUGUGACCUGCCAAAAGACGAGGGAACAGGAUCAAAUGUUGUAGUCUACUUGUACUACAACAAGACUGCAGACAAGUGCUACCCAUUCCGAUACCAGGGGCAGGGAGGAAACAAAAAUCGCUUCAUUGCUGAGAUUUACUGUAUGAGAAACUGCUCAGCCAGAGCUGAGUCUGUCUAUCCAACAAAUAAAACCAAAGCAUGCCACUUACCCAAGGCUGCAGGGGACUGCUACGGCAAUUAUCUGCGGUAUUACUAUGAUUCUGGACAUGGAAAGUGUAAAAUAUUCUCUUGGACUGGUUGUGUGGGCAAUGGAAACCGAUUCUUGGAUCCUCAACGUUGCAAUACUACAUGUUUUGGACUAAAAGAUAAACAGAUGGAGAAGGAGGAGGAUGUGGAAUCAGACACAUCAGUUGGUGUCAUUUUGGGAGUUAGUUUGGGCAUUAUUGGAGGCAUCAUUCUCACCAUUGUGCUUGUUCUGAUGUUAAAAAACAACCACUUUGCGUCGGAGAUGGCGGAUGCAGCCGAAGUCAAGAUCUUCUUGCCAGCUAACACGUUGGCUGGCUGGCCUAGUGCUCUCGGUUAA